GCCACAGGCAGCGCGCUCUUCCUUAGGGGAAGCCGAACUACGUUUCCCAAGAUGCCGCGGAGUUCUCUGGGAAUAAUGUAGUUCAGUUCUGAAACGGGAGGAGGGCGAAAACUUCCGGACUGCAGAGCGACCGGAGAGAACAGCAAAGCUGGCUGGGGAAUUCUGGGAAUCGAAGUCCACACCUCUUAAAGUUGCUGAGAUUGAGAGACAUUCUUCCAAAGGGAUAUUUUCUUGAGCAGAUUCAGCAUGGGGAAGCGGUACUUUUGUGAUUACUGUGACCGGACUUUCCAGGACAAUCUUCACAACAGGAAAAAACACUUGAACGGGGUGCAGCAUUUAAGAGCUAAGGAAGUCUGGUAUAAUCUCUUUCGAGAUGCUGCAACCAUCUUACAGGAAGAACAGAAAAAGAAACCUUGUCGGAAAUUUUUGCAAACAGGCCACUGCGACUUUGGUUCCAACUGCCGGUUUUCUCAUAUGACGGGAGCAGAUCUCGAGAAGUUGAACAUGCAGGUGCAAGAGGAGAGGAGAGCGAAAGAACAGCAGCAAGAUGGGACGGUGCUCCCGGUGGGCACAAUUGAGGCCUGGUUGGAGAAGCGUGCCAAGCGGCUGCGGGCAGCUCAGCAGGACAGUCCUCAUUGUGAAGAAGAAUUGGUCUUCCAGUAUCCACCUGGCUGGCCCCCGGUUCAUGAACUGCCACCCUCCCUGAGAGCGCCUCUCCCCGGUGGAUGGACGAUCCCCCCAGGCCUCCACUGGGGCUGAGAGCUGAUGGAGAUGAAAAGAUGGACCCUUGAAGGCUGGAGGCUUCUCGGUGUGUCUCUGGAGAAAAACAGAGAAUUUAGCCCAGCACCUUUUCAGAAAUCCCUGCACCGCCGGCUAAUUUAGAAUUUGCAGAAAGGAGACCGAAACAGAAGCACAUUAAAGGACUGAACAAACUCUAGCAUAAUUUAUUUAAAUUGUCUCCAUGAAUUACUCACAGUGCCGGGAGACUUCCUUCGAUCUGCGGUGCUCAGCUACAGCAGCCAGGCCAGUCUCCAAAAUUCAACUUAUUCAAGGUUGCUUUUGAUGGGCAGGUUUUAGCGUUCUGCAACUUGCCUGUCCCUCUCCACCCUCAGGAGUUGCUUGAUUUAAGCAUCAGCAAAAGAAAAAGUUACAUAUUAAUGAGGAUUAAUUCUCUUAACAGGCACUGGGCACCUGCUAGAACUGGGGUUGUCAAUUUUCAUCGUAAGUCGAGGACUCACCUUUCAUCCCAUUUCCCCUACAGCCUGCCCAUCAUGUUGACAGACCUGGGGGUUUUUCAGAGCAGAAACAAUAGUGAUAAAAUUAUCAACCUGUAGAAUUAUGUGUGAUAAUGCAGAGCUGGUGGAAUUGCUUAGUAAUUUGGGGAGGGACCCUGAGCAAUCCAGAGUUUUAUGUGAAGAAAUAAAGGGUAUGAUUUAUUCCCUUUUAUUAUAAAUGUAGUUUAACAACUCUGUCCGUCGGCUAUAACAAUGGAACAUUAUGGAACACACAUAACACACACACAUACACAAUUUUAUAAAGAAAAAAGGGAAAAAAAGCACAUGCAUAAUCCACCGGCUUGGUCUUCCAAUAAAUCUUGAGGCUGCAGAUAUUAUUUUAAA